CAGGAAGUUCUGCACUAGCUGCUUGUUUUUUUUUUUCUGUACUUCUGCCAGUUUCACACACUUGUGAUCUCUUGUGACACUGAGCCGAGCCCCCGGGACCCGUCUUCCCAGGCCCCCGUCCGUCCCAACACGCCCGCCCGUUACCUUUCCCACACCUCUGAAGGAGAAGUCCCAUCCCUCACCAUCCAUUCUAUUGUAAAUGGACCUCCAAUGUGCUUCGGGAUCAGCGGAACCGUACUAUCCCAAGGAUUGAAGUUCUUCUCCUUCUUCUAACCUCCAACUUCCUGGACCCGCUUCUGUCUUCAGGAUUUACAGCCUAGCACUUUGUUUUUUUUAUCGUAGAGAUGAGCUCCGCCGAUCGAAUCUUCGAUCCAGACCCGUUGGGAAUCCACGACCCUAAAGACGGCCCCGAUAUCGAUUUCGACUUUGCUGACCUCUUUGAUUACGAGUCUUCCAACUCUGUGGAAGAAGAACCGACUCCACAUAAAAUCAACUGCCUCUCUGGAGAUUCGUACAGUCAUGGUGAUGUCUCCGACUUUGGUAUCAAGCCUAACCUUCCGAGUUAUAAUUACCCCCCACAACCAUUUUACAGAUAUGAACAGGAUAAUAGCGUAGGGUCCAAAUUCCUCUUAGACCCUCAAAAGACUGCUGGGGCUCGAGCGUUGAGUCCACUCAUUAAGAUCACGCCAUCUCAUGAACUGUUUCAUCCAGGUGGUUCGUACCACCGAGAUUCAGAAACAUUGUUAGAACAUCAGUCAGACUUUGGUAACACCAGAUUGCAACCUUGCUAUCUUACUGACUACAGAGAUACAGCUUGCGUGAGCCCCGGCAGCAGUGCCUCGUCAACGAGUUAUAUUUCAGAGACUAAUUUCUCUCCUUGCACAUCUCCUUGCCUUUCACCAAAAAAUGGUCCUAAUGAUGACCUGUCUUCACACUUUCAAACCAUCCGUCCUUAUUCUCCUAGACCUCCAAUAAUGUCACCAAGGGAAGGCAUCCUAGAGGAAAGCUGCCUGGGACCACGUUCUCCAUCUCCUCGACCCAACUCACGGUCGUCUUCCCCAGGUGCAAAGAGAAGGUAUUGUGCCGAGGUCAACAAUAGCCACCAAACCGGCGUUUCUCCGCGACACUCAAGAACACCAUCUCCUGGGGCAUCACCUUGUGUUCACCAACCAGAUGAUAGCUCUUCUGUGAGUUACGGCCACCCUUCUGCUCCUCCACAUCCUAUGGACGACCUGGGCCUUGCUUCUGAUUCUUCAUGUGGUGUACCAUCAAAAAUGUGGAGAACCAGUCCAGAUCCUUCUCCGAUGUCUCCCCAUAAGAGCAUGCCAUGCCACGUUUUCCAGCCUCAGGACUACCUUGGGCCUUAUGAGCAUGAAGAAAGGAAGACUUCAGAUGCAGGAUCUAUUCUACUUAUGCCACCGACCUGGACAAAUCAGCUGGUACCUGCCAUGCCCUACUACAGCAUCCCAGUUGCCUCACUUCCUGCUCUGGAGUGGCCCCUGCCGAGUCAGACGGGAUCCUACGAACUCCAGAUUGAAGUGCAGCCGAAACAACACCAUCGUGCCCAUUAUGAGACAGAGGGCAGCCGCGGGGCAGUGAAAGCCUGUACCGGAGGACACCCAAUCAUCCAGCUUCAUGGCUACAUGGAGAACAAGCCUCUGGGUCUGCAGAUCUUUAUCGGUACCGCUGAUGAAAGGAUCCUCAAACCCCAUGCCUUCUACCAGGUCCACCGCAUUACAGGCAAAACCGUGACCACCACCAGCUAUGAGAAGAUCAUAGGACACACCAAAGUCCUGGAGAUCCCUCUGGAGCCCAAGAGCAACAUGAGAGCAAACAUCGAUUGCGCUGGAAUCCUGAAGUUAAAAAACGCAGAUAUCGAGCUGAGAAAAGGCGAGACCGACAUUGGAAGGAAGAACACCCGAGUGCGCCUCGUCUUUCGCGUCCAUAUUCCAGAGGCCAGCGGGAGGAUCGUUUCCUUACAAGCGGCGUCCAAUCCGAUCGAAUGCUCUCAAAGAUCUGCUCAUGAACUCCCUCUGGUGGAACGGCAGGACAUUGACAGCUGUCUUGUGUAUGGGGGGCAGCAAAUGAUUCUGACCGGGCAGAAUUUUACAGCCGAGUCCAAAGUUAUCUUCACAGAGAAGACGCCAGAUGGCCAGCAGAUUUGGGAGACCGAGGCAACAGUGGAUAAAGACAAAAGUCAGCCAAGCAUGCUGUUCGUGGAGGUCCCUGAAUACCGCAACAAGCACAUCACCUCUCCGGUGAAAGUCAACUUCAAUGUUGUAAAUGGCAAAAGGAAAAGGAGCCAGGCUCAGCACUUCACUUACCACCCAGUUCCAUCCAUUAAAACAGAACCUCUUGAUGAAUACAAUUCUCCUAUAGUGGCCAGCAGUGCACACAACGCCUUGGGGUCUGUUCCGCAGAGUUACUACUCCCAGCAUCCAAUGAAUAAUGAUUCUCCAUCCUGCCUGGUGGCCAACCUGAUCUCCUGCCAGCAAGUACGACCCGGUCUUCCAUCGCCCGAUUCUCGAUAUCCGCAGCAAAGUCCAUCAGCCGCUGCCUACCAGAGAAGCAAAAGUAUGAGCCCCAGCCAGCUGGGCUUCCAUCAGCCUCCCCUGGUGGCCUCACAUAUCGCAAUCCCCGAGGCUCAUCGGUCAGUUCUCGUCCACGCCGGCUCUCCUGGCCAUUCAGCCGCCAACCCACAGCCAUCUCCAGUCAUUCAUUAUUCCCCCACCAAUCACCAGAUGAGGUGUGGAAGCCACCAGGAGUUUCAGCACAUAAUGUGCUCCGACUUCGCUCCUAGUCUGUCGCGGCCCAGCCAAGCACAGAGAAUAAGCCCCAGUUCCUACCCAACCGUAAUCCAGCAACAGUCCAGCAACCAGAGGCCUCCGAAAAAUAUCCCUCCAGGAGCCGAGCAGAAGGAAAUCUCACCUUCUGGGGUCACUGUAAAGCAGGAGCAGAACCUGGACCAGGCGUAUCUGGAUGACGAACUGAUAGAUACAAACCUUAGCUGGAUACAAAACAUUAUAUGAGGCCGAGGGCCACGGCUCUGUGAGUCAAGAAUUGAAAGGAAAAGUGAAUGAAAUUAUCAGGAAGGAGUUUUCUGGCUUCCCCGCUAGAAAUCAAACAUAGAAGAAGAGGACCUGGCAGACAUCUUUUUAUUGAACGGCUUCCUCUUUAACCUGCGAGACCCUUCACACCACCUUCUGUUUCCUCUGCGACUCCGCCACACAUUGCGCUUCUGUAAACAUCAAAAGUUGUAAGAACCAUUGUCCUGUCAUAAUAAAUGUAUUGCACCGGCUGAGGCCAACAAGGGAAAUCCAUACGUUCGCCAUAGAUCAGCCAUCUCCUUUGAACGUUGACGGAUGAUCUGAAACUUCUGAGAGAGCCAGAACAAUCGCCACUUCACAUGGGAAGUGCUAGAAAACGCAAGUAUACGCUGAAUAUUCACCAUCGCUGGCUUAGGACAUUCAACGCAAACCUUCCUUGCUUUCUGGACACAGAUGUGCCAUGCUUGCUCUAUCAGAGGUGGACAGCUUGGCGCGUUCAACCCCCUGAUCGUCCACCCUGUACUGAUUAAUAGUCAAAGAACAUUUCACAUUCCUUCGCUUGUUGUGAAAUUAUAGAUCUCAAGCGGUGGCUGCAUUAUGCCUUAAUACCUUAGUGCGGUCCUUUCCUGUUAUCUAAUAAUAUACACCACUUCCUAUACAGCACCUUACCUGCCUUUUACCGUAUACCUGAGUAAUAUCCUACAAUGCGUCAGUAGAAGACAAUCAGAUCCGUAUAUUUUACUUAAAAAAUAUUAUAUACAUAUAUUUCUAUUGUCUUUUGUAUAGAACAUUUGUGGCAUUUAAAACAGGGAUUCUUCAGAGCAGGCCUGGUCCUCCUCCCCCCUAAGACCCUACCAAUACGCUCUGUCUAUGUACAGCCCCUUGUGCUCCCCCAUAUAACGGCCUCAUCCCCCACAAUCCCUGUUUUAAAUACUAUGUAGAGGUCUCAAAGAGAUCUUCUGACAGCAACUGUAAAUAUUUAAUGCAGAAUAUGUUAUUUAUUGUGUCUAAUCAAAAUGUUUAGAAUGAUAUGAAUUUUAACUAAUUUUGCUUGUUUUAUAAAUAUAUAUAGAACUGGCCUUUGUAUAUUUCUGUGGUAUAUAAUGCUUUAAAUAAGAGUUUAUUGGAGGUCCCAGGGACCGCUUUAUCACUAGGGCAGAGCCUUCGUUGCACCCGAUUCCCAAGCUAAGGAGCCUUAUCUAUAUAAAGUUCUGUUAUGUUCA